AUGGUUGCCAGGGGAAGCCUAUCGGAUAAUUGGUUUAUUAGCGGACAAAACAACUUGAGCGAAAAGUCCAGUGCAAAAUCAAGGUAUAUCAGAUUCCCAUCGUUGUCCUCUUUUGUUGGAUCUAGUGUCAUUGGGUCUAAUAUAUCGGUAAAUAAAUCCAAGCAAGAUCAUGAGCUCUUCGGAUUCAGAAAAUUAGCGAGAGCCUAUUUUUGGCCUACCAAUACGGCAAAGAAUGAUUCAAAUGAAGACAGCUUUACGGAAAAGUCCAACUGCAAGAAUUAUGAUCCAGAAAAGAGUCAUUCUAUGGGUGGUACUGUUAUUCUUUUCGGGAAAAGGCCUCUUAAAACCAAUGAUAAGACGAUGCGAUAUAUGCUGCCAAGGAAACGUAAGUAUGACUCCUACCAUUUCACAUCCCAAGCUGAACAGGAAAGAAAUGUGUCAGAAAAAUUGUCCAUGCCAACAGUGAUUGAUGCUUCGACGAGAAAACUAGUUACCGAACCCAAGUUUACAGAGAACUAUGAAGAAAAACCCGGUAUUUAUGCUUCUCCAGAGACUAACAAAAGGAUGGAAUCUCAGAUUUCAGAUUGCGGAAUGAAUGAUUCAUUAGGAAUAAGCGGCAAGCGAGUAAUACAUCUUCAUAAAAUGCCUACCAAUACUGGGCUCCAUAGUAUCUUAUCGCAAGUAUAUGGUGGACCGCUAGAGAAAGUUAGUGUUUUGAAAAAUGAAGAUAGUACGAGCUCCGUUAAAUGUAUCCAAUUGCAUUUUGCUACGCAUGACGGUGCUAGGAAAUUUAUUGAAUAUGGCAGGACGAAUCUCUUUGAAGUGAAUGGUCAACAUAUAAAUGUCGAAUGGGCUCCACAAAAUAUCAAUGUGAACUCAAAUGCAAACUUUGAAUGCAUUAAAGCCUUUGUUGAUCCAAAGAAAAACGAGGCACGUGAAGUUCGUGGGGCACGUCGUUGUGUGAUUUUGAAAAGAAAUAGCGCUAACGAUACAGCGCUCGGAUCAAGACGUAAUUUAUCUUCAUCCAAGCAAUUCUUGCACCCACUAGAUGUUAAAGAGCUCAGAAAAGAUUUCGAAAGAUUUGGUGAAAUUGUUGAAAUUACGCCGAUGAUUUCCAGAAAACUGUGCAUCUCGAUUCAUUACUACGACGUGCGUAGUGCAAUCAGUGUCAUCGAAAAUUACAAUCAAACAAAUACUUAUUUUAACAGAAAGUAUCACGGCGAUUGGACUUUGGCUUACGGCAGAGAUGUUACUGAUAGGCCAUGUUUUACAGGUUAA